UGUGCGUCUGCGGGGCUGCUGUACUGUCUGGCUGGGACGGAGGGCUUCCAUGCUAAGCAGGCGACUAACCACAUUAAACCCACUAAACAGGCGUUUUUUCUCCCUCCUGGAUACGGGAAUCGCUCGUGGUCGUACUUAACGCUCGUGUCCACCGCUGUGCACCUCGGUGGACUUUAUUCCGUGGUCUGCUUGCUUCAGUAAACCACUGCAGCAGCAACGGACCGAGCACGCCGCCGCCGCCGCUGUUGUUGUGAGAGAAGAAAACAAGCUCGGCGAGCAGUCCGCUAAAGCUGUGUGAUCAUUGACAGAGUUCAGUACACACAAGCUUCGAGUGAUAACUGGUGGGAGCUUUGUACAGCGAAUCUCUGAGCCUUUUCAAGAAGCGGCGGCUGGGGAUAUUUUUUUUUUUUAGUCUCACAAGUCGAGGUAUUACAUUAUAUAUAUAUAUAUAUAUAUAUCUUUUUUUUUAUACCUGAGCCACCGUCAGGCACUUGACCAGUAAGAACAGUUUGCACAAUUUCCACCAGCUUGUCUGCGGCCCCCUCCCUACCCAGACAGUCUUCUGCCCCAGCAUGAAUGAAGUCAGUGUUGUGAGAGAAGGAUGGCUUCACAAGAGAGGUGAAUACAUUAAAACAUGGCGUCCUCGUUACUUCAUCUUAAAGAGCGACGGCUCUUUCAUCGGCUACAAAGAGAAGCCUGAGGUGUCCAGUGACCACAGCCUCCCACCGCUCAACAACUUCUCUGUCGCAGAAUGCCAGCUGAUGAAGACGGAGCGCCCCAAGCCCAAUACAUUUGUCAUUCGGUGUCUGCAGUGGACCUCUGUUAUCGAGCGGACCUUCCACGUAGAUAGCAAUGAGGAGAGGGAGGAAUGGAUGCGAUCGAUCCAGGCAGUAGCAAAUAGCCUGAAGAGUCAGCAGCAGGAUGAGGAACCCAUGGAGAUCAAAUUUGGCUCACCCAGUGACAGCAGCGGCACAGAGGAGAUGGAGAUUGCUGUGUCCAAAUCCCGCACAAAAGUGCAGACCAUGAGUGAUUUCGACUACCUGAAGCUGCUGGGCAAAGGGACAUUUGGCAAGGUGAUCCUGGUGAAGGAAAAGGCCACAGGGAUGUACUAUGCCAUGAAAAUCCUCCGCAAAGAAGUCAUCAUUGCUAAAGAUGAGGUGGCACACACAGUUACAGAAAGCAGAGUUCUCCAAAAUACACGGCAUCCCUUUCUAACGACACUAAAAUAUGCAUUUCAAACACAUGACCGGCUAUGCUUUGUAAUGGAGUACGCAAAUGGAGGAGAACUCUUCUUUCAUUUAUCCCGGGACAGAGUAUUCACAGAAGACAGGGCACGAUUCUAUGGUGCAGAAAUAGUGUCAGCACUGGAGUAUCUACACUCACGCAAUGUAGUUUACAGGGAUUUAAAGCUGGAGAACCUCAUGUUAGACAAGGAUGGCCACAUAAAGAUAACAGACUUUGGACUGUGUAAAGAGGGGAUUACGGACGGUGCCACUAUGAAAACCUUCUGUGGGACCCCAGAGUACUUGGCACCAGAGGUGCUGGAGGACAAUGACUAUGGGCGAGCAGUGGACUGGUGGGGAUUGGGCGUGGUGAUGUAUGAGAUGAUGUGUGGUCGGUUGCCCUUCUACAACCAGGACCACGAGCGUCUGUUUGAACUUAUCCUCAUGGAGGAGAUCCGCUUCCCCAAGAACCUGGCUCCUGAGGCCAAGGCCCUGCUGGCAGGCCUGCUUAAAAAGGAUCCCAAACAAAGGCUUGGAGGUGGACCAGACGAUGCCAAAGAAGUGAUGACCCACAAGUUCUUCACCUCCAUCAACUGGCAGGAUGUUACUGACAAAAAGCUUAUUCCUCCCUUCAAGCCCCAAGUAACAUCGGAGACAGACACGCGUUACUUUGAUGAUGAGUUCACAGCACAAACUAUUACAAUAACUCCUCCAGACAAGUAUGACAGUUUAGAUGCAGAGGAUUCCGAUCAGCGUACACACUUCCCUCAGUUCUCCUACUCUGCGAGCAUACGGGAAUGAUCACUCAGAAUCUUGAACAAGCAGGCAGGCUGACACACGAUCACAAUCCCACAUACACACUCGCACUGCUGGGGAAUUUGAACGACACAAACAAAAAAGUGGCACAAGACACAUUUUCAUUCUGUCUUUAACGCACACGCACACAUAUACUGGCAAAUCAGACAAGACACGGAUCAUAGAGUAGGAAGUGAACACACAGACCAUGAAUGACUGACCUCAGCAGGUUUGUGUGGAUAGACUGGCAGCUUUGUCUCUGUACGUCCUCUCAGGGUUGGCAUUAGGCUUCCCUGCAGGACCUUUGCUGCACUACACUGGGCACCACAUCAAAGCCUUGACACGUUGAAAACCAGGUUAUGCCAGCAAGUACCACCUCUUUACCAGCUGUACCCAUGCUUCAGACACGCUAACACACACACACACACACACACACACACACACACACACCCACCCACCAACCAACCCACGCAUAGACUGCAUAAUUAUACAUAAACAUACUUGAUAGAUUUUUAAAAAGUAUAAUCAAAAUUAGGAAACAGGAAAUGAUUUGGAAAAGAAACAACAAAUUUUGAUUUCAUCAGUUAUUACGGUUUUAAAUGUAAAGCCAUAUUUCUGCAUUUUUUUGUGAUUUUUUUUUUUUUUUUUUUAACAAGUGCUCUUUCUGGAACUUGCUGUUACAAAUCAAGUGUGGGGUUUUUCCUACAGUAGGGGGAAAUGAGGACGAGGGGGGAGGGCGAGGAGGGUUGCCAAUACUGUGUUUGCACUGCACGGGUGUAUAUGCGAAUGGGUGAGCGGAUGUGUGAAUGUGCGCGUGUGCAUAGAGUGCAGGAGAAUGUCUGAACAACCAUUUUGAUUCUCAGCCAUCCAUUUGUGUCCGUUUUUAUGCAUGUUUUCAAACCCUGAACAUUUGCUGGAAUAUCGACAUGAGAGGACACUACACAGCGCACUCAGUGGGCUUUUUCUUAAAGGGAACAGGCAUUUAAUUUAUGAUUGCUGUGACCAGCUUGCCGUAAAGUCGACUUCGUCAGGAUUAGAAACUGGGAUCUCAUGCAUGGCUAACCUUUGCUUUAAAAGCCGCAUUAAUUCAACUUGAUGUGAUGCAGCGGUCAGGCUCGUCGAGUCCAGGUUGCUGUGUCCAAGUUGACUGACCAACUAGUAGCUGGUUGGAAGUGUAAGUAAGUUUUCAUCAAGGCCAGUCGCACCAUGUGUUGCAGACAGUAAGAACAGAAGGAAAGAGAAGAAUAGAGACUAGGCAUAUGACCACAGUUUUUCCCCAACCUGUCUAGAGACCAACUAAGACGCCCACAGCUACACGCGGUCCUCAGCCCAAAAACUCUUACUCCCUAGCUGAAGAGUUGGGCACCAAUCUUUUGUUCAUUUUCUAUUUGUAAUAUGAGUUUAAGUUGUUGAAACAUUUCUAAAAUAUCCUUUUGAAUGUCCCCAUAUUUAAAGAUUGAGUUCAAUCGUUGGUAGGAGGCCAAAAAUUGACUGACUUGUUGGACGUUUAACACUUGAUAUGAUUCCACAUUUCAUGUUUUGAGUCUUUGGUUUGUGUGUUCUUUAAUGCUGUGUCGAAGCAUUUAAAUCUAUGUAGUUAUAUGUCUGGAGCAACAGUCUGCAGGUUUACAAUCCAACUAAAUGCUGCAAGAGCUGUUUGACCAACCGUCAGCCUGCAGAAAGGAGGAAUCAAUCAAAACAUCGCCUGUAUCAUUAAGUUGAAAUGAAAACCUGCAUACUUUGAGUCAUGAUGGCACAUGAUUGAGAGAAGCCCUGGACAGCAUAUUGAGAAGUGCUCAUAUUGACACAAGCAUAUUAUAUUCCAUAAUGCUGGAAGAGAUGCUGGUUUGCUCUUUGAGCUUCACUAAAGGAACAUCAAAACCAUCUUGUAUGUCAUUGUUUUGUUUUUGUUUGUUGAUUUUUCUCCUUUUUUUGUCCAUCUAUUUCACAAAUUUUGGAAGACACAUUGUCUUGAUUAAGUAUACAUUAUAUAAAAUAUAUAUAUUAAAAGUUUUUUUAAACUGC